CUCGAGUCAGGAUGCUCGUAGCUCGUCGGUACUCGCGACAUCUGCGACCCUCACAUGUAGAUGUACGCUUCUAACCCUUGGUCAACGUAGCAUUCAAGAUUGUUUCUACAUUUGCCAAAGCGGAUCAGAUUCCUCUAUCCUUUCUUUCCCUCUCUUCCGACAACCUUCACCUGGUGCUGCGUGUUGCGUCAAGGGGCCAGGUGCGCGCGCUGUCACAGGCGACCCUCCGAAACGAAACAGUUUCUCGCGUAAAGGACGUCUGCCUGCAUUGUGUUUUGGAUCGCAGCACCCUCGGCUCGGUGGUACAUCAAGGCAGCUUCCGCAGCGCGCAACCAAAAUGUCUCAAGGGGUAGGAAAUACCACACUCGCCUUCACAAGAGCUUGGCACCACGUCUCUGCGCGGGAUCGGGUCCUAGGCAAAUUAGCGGCGUCCAUAGCGAACGUCUUGGUCGGCAAGCACAAGCCGAGAGGUGUAUACGAUCAGUCUUUGGAUAGCGGCGAUUAUGUCGUCGUCACGAAUGCUAGGCAUGUGUUGGUGACGGGAAAGAAGGAUCAGCAGAUGGUGUAUAGGCAUCACACCAUGUAUCCUGGCGGAUUAAAGGAAAUUUCGUAUGCUACGAUGAUGCAAAAGAAGCCCGAUGAGAUCAUCCGUAAAGCCGUGUCAGGCAUGUUGCCAAAGAACAGAUUGAGGGAUAGGCGAUUGGAAAGGUUGAAGAUCUUUCCCGAUGAGGAGCAUCCUUACGAAGCAAACAUCAUCAAGCGCUACGAUCUGGGUGAUAUCUUCGCAGCUGAGAGGGAACCUGCUGCCGCUUCGACACGAAGCAAGGUAUCUGAAAGCGGCAGUACGCACACAUCAUGAGAGGCCACUGCGCGCAUCUGCUUCGCACAAGCCGUAAAUCACAUGCGCGUCAUUUGUCGUGCUCUGUCUUCGUGAGCUUGCAGAGCCGUAGGGUGUUGCGUCAUCUCGGUAUGGCAAAGGUCAUGCGCACCGAGUGUGAGCAGGAUGACUUUUACGGUGAUUCUUUACCCC